CCGGAUUGGACAGCUUCUGGGUCCGGACCCGGACCGCGGUCCGCCUGUUAGUGACCUAUGGUUUAGUGUUUAAUGAUUGUGUUCUUCAGCUGGCUGCAUUCAAACUCAGUGUGUUAUUACACACACACACACACACACACACACACACACACACACACACACAGUUAUCUGAACAGAGAAACACUUCAUGUUAAUUUAACACUUUAUUUACAUACAUUAUUGAGUCAUGUAUAAAACCUUCACACUGUUUUAUUCACUUCCUCAGAGAGAUAGAACAUGGUCAGAAGAUGAGAGAAAGAAAAUGGAGAAAUCUGCUCUACUGACUGAACUGGACGGAGCAUCGCAAUUACUGAGAAAUAAAGACAAGGAAAUCUCAGAACUGAAGAAUCAACAGAAAACUGAGUUAGCAGAAAAAAAACAACAGCUUGAAGAGAAAGAGAGACUUCUAACUGAGAGAGAGACACAGCUAAUGGGAAGAGACAAAGAGCUUCAGGAGAAAGACAAACUUCUGACAGAAAAUACACAAACACUUCAGAAGAAGGACAAGACACUGGAAGAGAAGGAGAAACAGCUCAGUGAAGUAAGAGAAGAAUUGAGAAAAUCAAAUAUAACGAUAGAAAAGAAUCAGACACAAUUGAAGGACAAAGAGAGACAACUGGAGGAUGUGGUGAAAGAACUGGAAACCAGUACAAAUAAACUGGACACACUGGGACAGGAACUGCAGGACAAGCAGAGACAACUACAGGACAUGAUGAUCGUAGUGGAGCAACAGAAAUCUGAGUUAGCAGAAAAAAACCAACAGCUUGAAGAGAAAGACAGACUUCUAACUGAGAGAGAGACACAGCUAAUGGGAAGAGACAAAGAGCUUCAGGAGAAAGACAAACUUCUAGAGGAGAAAACAAAGCAGCUGCAGGAACAGACAGAUCCAGAAUCAUCAGCUUCCAUCAGGAGAAGAAACAGCAAGGAAGUGUUACCUCCAAAUAUGAGUGAAGAGACUCAGGACUCAGCAGCACCAAUCAGGAGAAGACACAGUAUGGAGGGAAAACGUCCAAACUUGGGUGGAGAAUCGUCUAGUCCACAUCCUCCAGCAUCGGUUCCUGUAGCAGAACUGAGGCUGGUGCUGCUGGGGAGGACGGGGUCUGGGAAGAGUGUAACAGGAAACAUCAUCCUGGGCAGAGAGGAGAGGAACCAGGCUGCUACGUCUACAGCUACAUCUACAGCCACCCAGCAGAGUGAGAGCACAAAGGGGGAGGUGGCUGGGAGGAAGGUGACUGUGGUGGACACGCCUGACUGGUUCUCCCCUGAACUUCCUGUGGAGAAGCUGAGACAGGACGUGGGACACUGUGUCCGUCUGUCUGCUCCAGGACCCCACGCCUUCCUCCUGGUCAUACCUCUAAAGCAGCCUACAGGAGAGGAGAGAGGGAUGCUGGAGAAAAUGGAGGAGAUCUUUGGAGAGAGAUGUUGGAGAAACACAAUGAUCAUAUUCAGUGUUACUGAUGAAUGUGAGAAGAAGAACAUUGAGGACUUUAUCCAAUCAGGAGACCAGGAGGUCCAGAGACUUGUAGAGAAAUGUGGGAACAGGUUUCACUGUCUCAACAUUAAUGAGAGUGGAGAUGGUUCUCAGGUCUCAGAGCUGUUGGAGAAGAUAGAGAAGAUGGUGGAAGGAAGCAGAGAGAAAUUCUACAGCAGUGACAUCUACCUGGAGACAGAAUCUCAGAUCAGAUCAAUGGAAGCAACGAUUCUGAAGGAAAGAGAAGAGAAAAGAGAGAGAGAGGAGAAGGACAUAAAAGAAAAAAUAGAGAAGGAGGUGCAGGAUUCUCUGAGAAAGAUAGAGGGAGUGAUCGAGGAGCAUGAAGGAGAUAUCAGACAACUUAAUGAUCGAACAACUGAACUGGAGAGAAAGAUGAAAGAAGAGAGGGAUGAAGAGAAAAAGAAAGAACUCGAGAGGGAGCUGAAACGAGAGGUAGACAAAAGAACAGAAAUGGAAGGAAAGGUGAAGAAACUAAAAGAAAAGAGAGAGAGGGAGAGAAAAGAGAUGGAGGAAAGGCACAAGCAGGAGAUGGAGGAGAUCAGGGAGGUGUAUGAAGGAGAGAUCAGAAUGGAGGCAGAGAGAAAGCUCAUGAAGAUCAUCCUGCCUGAACUCCAGAGAAACAUGUUGUCCUCAAAAACAAAGAUGCAGGAAGAUUUCAGCAGACAGAUGGAGGAGAAGAACAGAGAGAUGGAGAAUCUUCAACAGAAACUUUCACAGCUCACAGAUACUCACAGUCUGCUUGAAGAGGUUUAUGAGAAAACUGUCAGAGAAAGUUCAGAGAGAGCUUCUCUAAAAGGAGAGGCAUCAGAGGGAAUGUCUCAGAAAUUUAAAGGCUUAUUUAAAUGAGUAACAGAUUAUAAAGCUGCAGAGACUCAAAUGGUCUGAAAUGAGGCGUAUCAGCCAGUGAUGGUAGACAUCACAGAGCAAGAGACAGAAAGAAAGAAGCUAAUAAACAGGAUUAAACUGUUUGUUUUUUUCUAAGGCCUAAUCGUCAAAUAAUUCUUAAGACAACAGGAUGUUUAAAAAUGAAGAUGGAUUGUCCAACUGGCUACAAAUGUGCAGCACAUUCACAAAUAAGUUGCAGGGCUAAUUAAUUAUUCUUAUUAACAAUAAGCUAGUUACUGCUACUUACUUGUCAUGCAGUACAACCUAACAAAUAUAAUGAGUGGGUCUGGUUUGGGAACUUUUACACACUGAUGAAAUCACAUCAUGACACAUAGUGUUUUAUUCUUCUUAUACAACAGCAAUUUGCUCACAAUUACAUUUGUAUUAAAAAAAGAAGAACACUUUAAACUCUUUAUCCCUUUACAGCUACCUCUAAUAUGGAGAUACAUCCUCAAACUUACAUUAUAACAGCUUGAAUCUCUUGUAAGGAAUCAAAAGUGAAAAAUUAUUAAUGAUUAUUUUUAAUAUAUUUUUUUAAAUAGUUAUUUUAUAAUAUACUUGGGAAAUGUGUAACAAGUUUGUUAGUUUUCCCAAAUAUCACCUGGUGCAGCUGUCUGUAACAGACUAUUUUGAAGCUUUAAUAUUGAAAAUAAUAUAAU